AUGGCUGCGGUCGUCACGGGACCCUUCGCUAGCCACCCGCCCGGCCCAUCAUUCGGCAACCCUGGAACUUUUCACACAGUGGCAGGUGUUCCAGCACCGGGAGGCAGCUAUGCCGCCCAGCGGCUCCGCCGCCUACUCUUGGAGACGAAGCCACCUGAGCACAAGCUGCGCGAAGCCAUGGAACUGGUGCACAGCUGCGGACCGCAGGAUGUUGGCGCCUGCGUCUCUGGAGUCUUAGACCUUCGUGUUCAGCUGCCGGCGACCCACACGUUGGGCCUGCAGGUUCUCGCCGAGCUUCUGCGGCUGUUUCCGGCGAUCAUGGUGUCCCAGUUCGAGAAGUCUCACGUCUACGACUUGUUUCCGGAGACCGGGGACGUAGAGCAGGCGUCGUCCUUCCUCCACAGCCUGCUGAAGACCAAGGAAUCCAUGGGCCGCAGCGCCCAGCGCGAGGCAGCCAAGCUGCAAAAGCUUUUGCUGGAGCGGACCGGGCGCAAGGACUUGCGAAAAGUCCCUUCGUCUCCUGUGCGCGCCUGGCUGACGCAGAUCUGGCUCGACGUGCCUUCGACCCGACCACGCCGGGAGCAGAUGGUGAAGUGCUGCGGCACCUGGGUCGCUGACUCCACUGCAGCGCCAGGGGCGAAGCUGCCGUGCCUUGAGCUGCUGCGGCAGGAGUUCGCAGCGAAGAGUGCGGCAGAAGCCGAGCCUUGGCUGCUGACCCUGCUCCUGGAGCAGGUAUGCCGCGAUCCGAGCAAUCACUCGCCGGACCUUCAGCAGCUGCUGUACUUCCUCCCGGGCCCUCCGAGCGUGGUGACUUUGCGCGAGCUCCUGGCCGACUUGUCGCAGGAGAAGGACCGCCUAGCUACACUCUGGUUAUGCCUCUGCCUCUGGGCCCCACAGCCCCCUCCGGACGCCUCAAGCGUGAGCUGGCCGUCGCAUCUCCCGCCACCAAUUCAUGCAUUGUUGCGAGGCCUCCUCGUUUGCUUCGCCCAGCUCUUCGACUCCAAGGUCCUGUGCCGCACCUGCCUCAUGUCCUUGGCGGCCAUCGCUGCCAGUGGAAGCGGCGCGGGCGCCAUCGCCGCGGCGGCGCCCCAGCUGCUCCUCCUGCCGCCCGGCGGGUCGUACUUGGAGGCGGCUGCUCUUCGCCGCACUGGGUGGCCGGUGGACCUCUUGGUGCACCGCUCACCCAAGGUGGUCCACAGCGUCGCAGCUUUUCGACGCGAGGUGCUGUCGGGCAACCACCUUGAGCAAGCCGUCCUCUUUCCGGGCGGCCUGCCGCAGCUCAACUUGGAUCUGGCAGGCGCGCUGCCUGCGAGGCUGGCGCGGGCGCUGGCGGAUGCGAGCUCGGUCCUCGAUUUGCUGAGGAAUCUCGGGGAGGACCUGGAGGAGUUUCAGGGCAACUUGGAGAGUGUGGACCCACGCACCCAUCUCCAGCAUGAUGUCUUGCAGAUGGCUGAAGACCAGCAGCUCCUGGCAGUUGAUGAGGCCCAAAGAUUGGCCCGUGAGUGGUGGCAGAGUCCGGGUGACCAGGCCUUCGAAGACACCGUGCAGGCAGAGAAGGCGGAGCUGGAGGCAGCAGUUGUUUGCCGCGCCUCCUUGCGAAGCAAGGCCCGUGCGGCCACGGCACUGCAAGCGGCGGGCCGUGCGGUGCAGCACCCGUACAUCUGCGAGCUUCGUCAGAUGAAGCCGGGCGGCGCCUCGGGUGAUGAUGCCCUGUCUGAGAUGCUGAGCUGGGCCGCCAUCUCAGGGCGGGAUGACGAUGGCAUCUUCGUGGGAGGGGAAUUCAGCGGCAAAGGCCUGCAUGUCGAUCAGCGGCCGGAGAGCAACCUUGGCAAGCAAUGGCGAGGCUUGAAGCUCUUUGCUGCCUGGCCACCCGGGCCAGAUGGCCAGACAGUGCUGGACGACUGCUACGGCGAGGUCUUCUGUCCGCCUCUGCUGGCCAAGCACGUCGCGGCGUUGGCGCAAUGCACGCAGCUGCUCCUUCUUCGGCCUGGCGACGUCUUCCUCUUCAACGGCGCCAUGCCGCACACAGCCCUCUGUGUGGGGGAGCCUCUGAACGUGACCAGCUAUGAGGGCCUGUUGACAUGGAAUCCGGGGCACAUCGGGCAGUUCUUGACCACCGCCUCCAGCUUCAGCGGCCCCUGGCGAGAGGUCGGCCUCAGCUGGAAGUGGGAGCUCCUGCACGCAUGGCAGGAGGCACGUGCGGCACGGAGCCAGGGCGGGGAGGUGGCGGCCAAGCGACGAAGGACCGAGCUUGACUGCGCGGCUUCGGAAAGGUAUGGCGUGUACUUAGCAGCUGAGUAG